AAGCUGGUGGGGAUACAUGUUUAAAACCUAUCUCUUACGAAUUCUCUCAUUAAUAAUCGUUAUAUCUUCCUGAAAACAGUGUUCAAGAAUGAAGUAUUUAAUAUCAGGAAUUCUUCUCUAUGCUAUUGGUUUCUCAUUAGCCGAUGUAGAAUCGGAAUUUAAAAAAGCGAAAAUUGAGCCUGAUAUUAUAGAUAAAGCACCAAUCGAAAAGAUCGAGGUAAAAUACGGCGAUAAGGUGGUCGAUUUGGGAACCGAGCUGACACCAACUAAAACUCAUGAGAUACCUGAAAUACAUUAUAAACACGAGGGCGGGGUUUUGUACACACUCGUUAUGACAGAUCCUGAUGUGCCGAGGAGGGGAGGAUACAACCGAGAAUUCCGACACUGGCUCGUGGGUAAUAUACCAGAGGAAAAUGUAGCUAAAGGCGAAAUUCUGGCAGAAUACGUCGGUCCUGCUCCGCCAAAAGAUACUGGAAAACAUCGCUACGUGUUUCUCGUUUACAAACAAAAUCAGGGUGCUAUUACCUUUGACGAAAGAAGAUUGAGUACUUGGGAUGGAAGUCAACGAAAGAGAUUUUCCAUCAAGAAGUUUGCAGAAAAAUAUAACUUGGAAGGUCCAAUCGCUGGUAAUUUUAUGCUAGCGGAGUACGAUGACAAUGUGCCUCUCUAUCAUAAGCGUCUGAAUCUUUAAUCAAAAGACAUAUAUGAUAUUAAGCUUUAGAUAAAUGCAUAUAAAAACUUAAAUUUCAUAUAUUACUUUAAAUCUUGCUAAUAAUACUUUUAGAAAAAAAGUAUUUCUUUACUAUUUUUUAAGAUUAUAUUAUAAGAAUAGCAUAUAAAAUUUAUGCCGUUGUUCAAAAUGAAAAAAACAUAAAACUAUAAUAAAUUAAUAAUAGUUAA